AUGCCUACUAUACCUUGUGACAAAGCCGAUCUUUACGAGCUUCUAGGCAAAGAAUACACUACUGAGGAAUUCGAUGAGUUGUGUUUCGACUUCGGCCUCGAGUUGGACGAGGACACCACAGAUGAUUGUGCCGAAGGUGAGAGACCUCAGUUGAAGAUCGAGGUUCCUGCCAACAGAUAUGAUAUGUUGUGUAUUGAAGGUAUUGCUCAGGCUCUCAAUGAGUUUUUGGGUAGAAAAGAAGCUCCCAACUACGUUUUGGAGCCUUCCAAGCCUGAGAUCAGCAUGACAAUUGAGGAGUCCACCCAGCAGAUCAGACCUUACGCCGCUGCUGCCGUCUUGAGAGAUGUUGAGUUCGACGAGAGAAAGUACGCCUCUUUCAUUGCUUUGCAGGACAAAUUGCACACAAACUUGUGCCGUAACAGAACCUUGGUCGCUAUCGGAACUCACGACUUGGACACUUUGACCCCACCAUUCGUCUACCAGGCUUUGCCUCCUAAAGACAUUCAGUUCGCUCCUUUGAACCAGGAGAAGGUUAUGAACGGUGAAGAGUUGAUGGAAUUCUACGACAAGGACAAGAACUUGGGUAAGUAUUUGCACAUCAUCAGAGACUCGCCAGUAUACCCAGUCAUUUAUGACUCCAAGAGAAAUGUCUGCUCCUUGCCACCUAUCAUCAACUCCAACCACUCCAAGAUCUCCCUCAAUACGAAAAACGUCUUUAUUGAGGUCACCGGUACUGACAAGACCAAGACUGACAUUGUCAUUGAGCAGAUGGUCGCCAUGUUCUCUGGUCACUGCAAGAAGCCAUUCGUCAUCGAGCCAGUUCAAAUCAACUCCUCGCACAACAAGCAGGACAGAGUCAGCCCUAAUAUCACUCCUAGACCUUUCAAGGCCGAGGUACCCUACAUCAACUCGUGCUUGGGCUUGGACUACUCCGGCGAGGAGAUCUCCAAGUUGUUGAAGAAGAUGUCCUUGCAGGCCAAGCCUGCUGACGACACGACUCUUGACGUCAAGAUCCCAAUCACCAGAAGUGACAUUUUGCAUCAAUGUGACAUCAUGGAAGAUGCUGCAAUUGGCUACGGCUACAACAGUUUGAAGAAGACCAAGCCUCAGAGUGAUUCCUUGGUCGCUGCUCCAUUGCCAAUCAACAAGGUUGCCGACAUUCUCAGACUUGCCUCCUCCCAGUCGGGCUACUUGGAAGUGUUGCCCUUGACUUUGUGCUCGCAUGAUGAAAACUUCAAAUUCUUGAGACUUCAAGACGACGGCCAGACGGCGGUCAAGUUGGAGAACCCCAAGACUUUCGAAUACCAGGUUGUCAGAACUACCUUGCUUCCAGGUAUUCUUAAAACUAUCAAGGAGAACAGAAAACACUCAUUGCCUAUCAAGGUUUUCGAGUGUGGUGACAUUGUUUUGAAGGACAACAACUUGGAGAGAAGAGCCCUCAACCAAAGAAACUGGAGCGCCAUCUACGCUGGCAAGACCUCUGGUUUCGAGUUUGUCCAGGGUUUGUUGGGUAAGAUCAUGCAAACAGUGAGAACCCCAUGGAUAGAAAAGCCACAGGAGAACAAGACCAGAGGCUACUGGAUUGAGCAGGACGACUCCAACCCUACCUUCUUCCCAGGAAGAGGUGCCAAGAUCUUCUUCAGAGUAAGCGAGGGAGCUGAGCCUCAACACAUCGGUGCCAUUGGUGUGUUGCAUCCUGAAGUUUUGGGCCACUUUGAGAUCCCAUAUGCCGCCUCGUCGGUCGAGAUUAAUGCCGAGGUCUUCUUGUAA